AUGGACGGCUUCGUGGAUUUAGUAGAUGAUCUCCUUAGUGUUUCCAGCCAGAAUACUGUAGUUGUUGAGGAGAAACCCCGGCCAGAAGUCUCAGCAUUGGAUUUGGUGGUUGCAGGCGAUGUAGAAGGCCUGGAGCAGCUUCUGAAGGAUGAUCCGAACUUUGUGAUCAACACGAGGGAUUCCAAAACUGGGCGAUCGCUGCUGCAUGAAUCGUGUGCUAGAGGAGAUAUGGAGACUGUCAAGCUCUUACUGCAGAAAACGAAAGCGGAUUUGAUGCUCCGCACCAUGUUGGGUCGUUGCACACCACUGCACUUGGCAGUGGCAAAUAAUCACCGGCCUGUCGUAUUUCUCUUGCUUAGUCAUGGAGCAGACGCGUUAAGUCGCGAUCGCUUUGGAUGCUCACCCAUGCACUACGUUAAGUCUCUCAGUGUAGCCAAGCUCCUCGUCCAGUAUGGAGGUAAAGUGCUCGACUACAACACAAAGAAGAAGCACGCUGUCGAGAGCGUCUCCAACUUUGUCGAGUCCAUUCGACAAGACUCCAGAAUUCCGGUUAUUGAGCGUGACGCAGCAUUGGAGGUCUACAAAACCUUAAUAAAAUACUUGGAGAAACAAGCAGAAGCAGAAUAUCGGAAUAAGUUGAAGAACUUACGGCAAAUGAAGAAGGAAACAAAAGACCAAGCUCUGAACAACACAAAUUAUUCCAAAAGAGGCAAACGCAGAAUGUAAAUGGUCCUCAUAUA